CGUGCUGAUCACACCAAUCCAGUCUACGUUCGCGAGGCCAAAGAAUUGGCUGAAGGGCGCAAGGCUGCCACGCUCCUUAAGUAAAACAUGACGUCGGUCUAUGUUCUCCAGCUCCAACCUGCGGCACGAUUGAUCUACUCAGUUCUGUUCUCGGCUUCUGUUCCUGGGUGUCUUGCAUCCCAUAGUCUUCUUGCACCAUGUCCGCGAAAAUAGCAAAGACGAUUGCUCGGCAGAAGGAGAAGAUCGCCGAGGGCAACUUCUAUGAAGCCCAUCAACAAUUGCGAGUCAUUACUGCACGGUACCUCAAAGCCCAGGACUAUACAUCGGCAUGCGACGUGUUGUACAAUGGCAGCCUGUUAUUGCUAAGGGCCGGCCAAGGCGGAUCAGGCGGCGAUUUGGCGUUGAUGUUGUUGAACGAUGUCUAUACGAAAGGCGAGUGGGCGUGUACGGACGAGAAUAGAAAGAGGUUGUUGGAGAUAUUGAGGGCGUUUCCCCCGGAGGAACCGACGAGGAAGAGAUUUGUUAGUGAGACGGUGGCUUGGAGUGGGAAGUUUGGCGAUGUGGAGAGGGGGAAUGCGGUGAUUCAUGCUGAGGUUGGGAAGAUGUUUGCUGAAGAGGGCGAAGUCUACGACGCAGAACGACAUCUGAUCUUGGGCACGGCCGAUUCUGCACCAAUUCUCGCAACACUGCAUUACACAUGGUACGCUCUCGACCAGCCUCACCUCGCGCCGAUCUACGCUUCGCGAUCGGUCCUGCCAUACCUGCUCGUUGGAGAUCUCGCGUCUGCGAACCGCGCGUUGUCGACGUUCACAUCGCACCUCACCACAUCCAAUCCUGCGCUGCUGGCGAUGUCGCAGCCUAUCGAGUCGAGCAAGUCCGGGCUUACUGUGCGCGUGUUCCCAUCGAUUCCGCUGCUGAAUUUUCUGGGAUUGUUACUUCUUGCCGCGCAGAAGGGCGAUUCAAGCUUGUUCAGACAAUUGGCAAAGUACUAUGCGCCGCAUCUUAAAGAUGCCGAGGGUCUGUGGGGUGAUGCGCUGGCAAAUAUCGGUGAAGUGUGGUUUGGUAUCAGGAUGCCUAGGCAGGGUGGAAACCCGUUGUUUGAUAUGAUGGGGAGUAUGCUCUUCGGUGGUGGAGGCGGAGGGCAGCAGUCGACGCCGAGGUCGGGCACGCCCAAGGUUCAAGCGCCUGCGAAGAAGGAGAUUGAGAAGCCGCCCACGAUGGAUCUAGACUGAGUACAGCGCAUGACGGGCAGGGAGAAGAUUUCAUGAAUGAUAUGACGAGCAACACUCGACUUGGAAGGAAGGCAUUUGUCAGAGCGUGCGUGGUUGCGCCACAAUGCGUAUCACAUUGACUGGGAUUUGACCUGGUC